AUGAAUAGAGUGAUCAGACUUCGAAAAUCAAUAUUAUCACUGACCAGUAUCAUUGUCGUCGGACUCUAUUUUAUGUACCUUCCCAAGUCCAUCAUCAUAGAAAAAACAGAUAGGCAUGUGAUAUCGGCACCAGUACACGUGUCACCAAAUCGUUCCCAAACCAUUGCCAUGUCGACUCCAAUGUCAGGAGGACGGCUACUUUGCUGGAUAAUGACAUCACCAAUCACAGUCGUAUCCAAGGCAACACACGUACAAAACACGUGGGGUAAACGUUGUGACAAACUGUUAUUCGUGAGCUCUAAUGGAACACAAGAACGAGCGAAGCAUCUCCCAGUUGUUGAACUUCCGGUUAAAGAAGGUCGACAAAAUUUAUGGAAAAAAACAAAAGAAGCAUUACUGCAUAUAUACUCUUCUUACCUAAACGAUUAUGAUUGGUUCUUGAAAGCAGAUGAUGACACCUACGUCAUCGUUGAAAACUUACGCCAUUUUCUCCGCGAUAAAGAUAGGAACGAAGCCAUCUAUUACGGACGGAGGUUUAAACCUCAUGUAAAACAAGGCUUUAUGAGUGGAGGGGCUGGUUAUGUCCUUAGCCGACAGGCUGUUAGAUAUCAUGUAGAAUUUGGAAAUUCUUCUAAUUAUUUGAACUCUACAUGCGCAAAUCAAAAUAACGGCGAGGAUGUCCAGCUUGGGCUGUGUCUGGAGUUGGCAGGAGUUAAAGCGGGAGAUACCAGGGACUCCGAAGGAAAGGAAAGAUUCUUUCCUUUAGGGCCAGAAGAUCACAUGAACCAGCCGGACAUCAAAGAAAAUAACUGGUAUCUCUACUAUAGUUAUUACCCACAUAUCAAGGGUUGCAGUCAAACAGUGAUAUCCUUCCAUUACAUAGAACCCCGGAUGAUGUACAUUUUAGAUUAUUUUGUGUACAAUGUGACACUUCCCGUCGUUUGGCGUCACGCCUGA